AUGGUAGAGGUCCUCAGGGUGGCGUCCUCCAUGUACGCCAUCGUGUUCAAGACGCCGGCCUAUCACAGCGCAGAGAUCGAGAGGCCCGUCACGGUCUUCCUGCAGCUGAAGAGGAAGAAGGCCGGAGACAGAAGUGACCCCAAACAGUUCACCUUCAUCCCGCAGGUCCAAGACAAAGAGGAGGUGCUGAGGAAGAAGCAGAAGCCACUGCCUCACUACGAGCCCUGGAGAGGAGGAGGAGCUGGGCCGUUUGGAGGAGGAGGAGGAGGAGGAUUCCAGUUCAACCAGAUGAAUGGAGGAGGAGCAGGAGGAGGAGGAGGAGGAGUCUUCUUCACUGAAGGCUUCGCAGGCUUCGGGGGAGGGACCCAGAGGUCAGGCUCCUCCCCUCAGACAGUGGUUACCCAGCAACAGCAGCUGUUGCAUCUCGCCGCCGGCCUCCAGGGCAGAGCCUCGCACGGCGCCGGGCAGACGGCCGCCGCCCUGCUGCAAUACUGCAGCACCGGGGACGCCCGGGUCCUUCUGGCAAUCCAGAGACACCUCUGUGGAGUCCAGGACGGCAACGGAGACACUCCUUUGCACCUGGCCGUCAUCCACCAGCAGACAGGUGUGAUCCAGCAGCUGCUCCACACUCUGCUGAGCAGCCAGCAGACCAGCGUCCUCAACACGGCCAACUGCCUCCAACAGACUCCUCUCCACCUGGCGGUGAUCACCCGGCAGGUGGGGGUGGUGGAGGCUCUGCUGAGGGGGGGGGCCGACCCCAGCCUGCUGGACCGAGACGGGCGCAGUCCGCUCCACCUGGCGGCGCUGGCCGGAGACGCCGCCACGCUGCGCCCCCUGCUGGCCCACCUGGGCGAGCGCCACGCCCACCUGGUCAACUCGCCGGACUUCCACGGUGAACCAGAAUGCUGCUCAGGCUGAGUCGUGUCUGAGAACCUGGCGAGGAGUAACCGAUGACGUGGACCCCCAGGUCUGCAGCCGCUCCACCUGGCCGUGAGGAGGGACGGAGAGCGCUGUCUCCGCCUCCUGGUGGGGGGCGGAGCCAA